CGUUUGCUUGCUUUUUGGAUCAUCGGCUCAGUUGCCUGAUAGACUUCGUUCAGCGAGCAACACGCUUUGUGAACCCACCACUCGUAAUUCGCGCGUUUCAUUUUUAUUAGUAAAUUUUAUCAAGUUGAAUUUCAGAUGAAGAAGCUGGCAUUCCAAUGGUUGCAAUUUUCUAUUUGCUAGUUAUUAUAAUUGCAAAUUUAUCAAAUGUUUCGCCGCAUGUGCUUUUGGAGAAGUCGUCAACCAGCGACUUAGAGGAUGACUUGGUGGCGGUGGAGAAACACGCUGGCUUGACAGCCAAACUCAGAUGCAAUUCUGCUACCGUCCACCGGGUUCAUUGGACCAAGAAUGGAAAAAGACUGUCCUGCAGCAAAGGAGGUUGUCGACCUACCCUGAAAAUAACUAACCUCAGCUUGGAUGAUGACGGGCUUUACCAAUGCUGGCUCCCCCCUGGUUUGCCGGCAAAUCCCGCUUACGACCUCAAAGUCAUAGUUCCCCGCAAGGAGACAGAGGUGCCCAGCGUGUAUGCAGGGGUGGCCGGACCCCCGGAAAUUGAGGGUCCUGGAAACUUGAGCGUCCCUCUCGGAGCGGCGGUCGCUCUACGCUGCAGCAUCGUGAGCUCUUUGCCGCCAAAUAUCCAGUGGCUGCGACUGCUUCCUGAUUAUCCCCUGGAACAGGGCCACAAACAUCGAAAGGUGCUAGAGUACGAGGGGGCAAUGUACGAGGUGCUCACGCCCAGUGGGGUUGCUGCCCUUUCUAAUAAUACGUGGCUCACUAAACUAGUUCUUGCCAAACUCAACAAAAAAGACUCGGGGUAUUACGUUUGUGUAGCAACAAAUAAUCAUGGAUUUCAAUUUCGAGGAGGCUUUGUCACCGUAAUGGAAAAAUCUCCAUCAAUAAGCGUUGAUGGAGGUGGCCAGUCGGAAGUUUUGUACAUUGAGGUGGUGUUGAUAGCAACAGUUUUUAUGCUCUUUGCCACAAUAGCUCUGGCUCUCAUUUACUUGGCCCAUUGGAAUAGACGACACCGACAUGUGGCCAACAAUCUGUGAUAAUACAUAAUACGCUCGCGAAUCUCUUAUUUAAUUUAUAAGAUUUCAACUGGUUUAAAGUCCUCUCCAAUAAAAAUGCAUUUCUGAUGCCAAUCAUCAUUAUUUGAU